AUGUUUCCCUUUCUUUCUUUCUUUCUUUCUUUCUUUCUUUCUUUCUGUCUGUCUUUCUUUCUUUGUCUUUCUUUCUUUGUUUUUCUUUCUUUCUUUGUCUUUCUUUCUUUGUUUUUCUUUCUUUCUUGUUUGUCUUUCUUUUUUGUUUGUCUUUCUUUCUUAAAAGAAAGCAAUAAUGAAAGCGGCCGAGGUGAUGGCGUCGAAAUCGGUCAGCCAUUUUCGCAUCCAUCUUGUCCGUACGGCGGUGCUUCCCAAAUGACAAGUAUCUUCACCGACCGAUCCCUUAUCUUCCAUUUUUCACUUCUGGGACAGUUUUUCUCUUUCUAUCACUAUCUAUUUUCUUUCUAUAUCUUUUUAACUUUAUCUUUCUAUUCGUUUACAUAUCUUGCUCUUGUUUUUCUUGUUUUCGCUUGCACAUUCGUUAUCUAUCUUUACUUCUCUUCUAUAUUUCACCUGCUUACUUUAUCUAUCUAUCUUGAUAAUCUGAAAAGAAAAAUAAACAUACUAAACAAAAAUGAAAGGGGCGCUAGACAGCCCUUCUUGAUAAUUCUCAAAUGCAAACAACCGUCUUUUCCCGCACUUUUAUUUUUAUUCCCCCCUCUCGCUUUUCUCUUUUUCAUUUUUUUUUUUCUUUUCUUUUUCUUUUUCUAUUUCUCUUCAUUUAAUCUUUUCUAUAUCCAACGUCUCUUUUUAUGCUAUUUUAUUUUAUGGUCCUAUUCCUUUAUCUUUUUCUGCUUGAUUCUGUCUUUUUUUUUGUUUUUUGUUUUUUUUCUCUCUCUUCAUCCUUCUUCUCGCUCUUUUUCAUCUCUUUUCAAAUUCAUCCAUCUUUUUUUUUUUUUCACUUAUAUAUUUUUAUUCUUUUAUCAUUUUUCUCUUUCACUUUUCUUUUCGUUCCUGCUCCCUAUUGUAAUUCUCACCCUUUCUCUUGCUCUCUUUCUUUCUCUCUCACACACACACACGCACACACACACACACAUCUAUCUAUCUAUCUAUCUAUCUAUCUAUCUAUCUAUCUAUCUAUCUAUCGUAGUCAGUUCAUUAUCUAUCUAUCUAUCUACCUAUCAAUCUAUCUAUCUAUCUAUCUCAGUCUCUUCUUUCUUUUUUUCUCUCUUUGCUUCUUAUAGUUUUGACACUGAGCUAUUUUCCUUUUUCCAUCUAUCUAUCUAUCUAUCUAUCUAUCUAUCUAAAGAUAUUUCUCCUUUUACUUCCUUGCUCUCUAAUUUUGCUUCAUGUUGGCUUCAUCUUUUCCGUCAACACAGGCAAUCCCGACUCCCCCCCCCCAGAUUCUUUCUUUUCUCAUUCUCUUCAAUCUCUCCCCCUCUCCCGCUUCUUAUUUAUCAUCUUUACUCAUCUACCAACAUCUUUCCCCCUUUUCCUCCCUCUCUCUCUCUCUCUCUCUCUCUAUCUAUCUAUCUAUCUAUCUAUCUAUCUCUUUCUCUCUCGCCAGUUACCUUGCAGUCUGUAUACCUAACAUGCAUUCCAUCAAACCACAAACCCACUCUCUCUUCCUGGUCAUGCCUUUCUCUUUCAUUAUAUCUAGCAAUCUCAAUAAGGCUAUUGCAAGCAUCUCACUCAAAUAAUUUUUUUACUUUCUCUCCUCCUCUCUCUCUCUCUCUCUCUCUCUCUCUCUCUCUUUCUUUCUUUCUUUCUCUCCCUAUUUCCUCUCUCUCAUCAAUAUUCUUGUUGUUCAUAUUCUGUAAUUUUUUAUCUAUCUACCUGUCUAUCUACUUCGGUUUAUAUGUGUUUAUAUAA